UUUGACUUGACUUCGUCGCGAAAGUCAAGCUUAAAGUCGCUUUCAUCUCCAGGCGUGGUCUUCAACUCUCCACUUUGAGUAUCCACCACAUCCCCCGCGCAAUUCCGCUGCAGCCCACAAUGCCCCCCCAACCAAUGUCCCCCCGCUUGCCAGGCGUGAGCAUUCUAGCCCCAGAAGCCACGGGUCCGCAAUAUCGGCGUUGGCGUCGCGGAGUAAAGAACGCCUUCAUAUCUAGAGGAACUUGGGGCUAUUGCGAUGGCUCCUGUCCCAUGCCUAUGCCAACCCAAGGACCAAAUUUCUUUGCACCCACUUCAACACCGGAGCCACAGCCGGAGUUACUGGAAGAGAGGAGGGCUUGGUCGAGGAAAGAUCGCGAUGUGAAGUUAGACAUUUUUCUAUCAGUGGCGGACGACAUCAAGCUUGAUGUCUUCGAAGUCGGACCUGCGCUGCCACCCCCAGGUAUGAGCGCAUUGGAAAUGAUACAGGCUUUGGAUGGUCGAUUCGAGGAGUUCAAGUUCGAAGACUACCACCACGCGUUCUGCCACUUUCUAAACCUUCACAUCGACCAAUACGGCAGUCUAGGCGAUUUCAACAUCGAAUUCGUCGCGACGCUAGAAGACUUGCUGGACCACGGAUAUCCACUGGACAAUGUCCAAGCCUGUAGCGCAUACUUCUCCAAAAUGCGCUGUACUCAAAAUCCCUGGGUCGUGAAGAAAUUAAAUGAGUGGGACACUUUAGCCACCCCGCCGCUCCUCGCGGAUCUGAUCAAAGACUGCCCUCCAUGGCAUGUGAUCAAGCCUCUUGCGCUCAAAGCCCCUUCACAGCCAACUUCAGAAUCAUAUUCCGAGGAUUUAGCAGAAAGCCAGGGCGAAGAAGAACUCUCCGAAGACGCAGCGUCGAUAUCCUCGGAUUCGUCGCGAGAACAAGAAAUCACUGUUCACGCAAGCUACGAAGAUCUCACCGAAGCGUUUCCGAUACCUACCUCAGUCGCAGAGCUUCCAGCAACGCCCAUCCCAAUUCCCCAACGCAUCAGUUCCAAAGAAGCGAGUCAAUCCGCCCUCAGUCCCCUGAGCCUUUCAUCUCCAGCCAACAAAGCACUCCCAUCACUUCCCAAAUCAUCGACAUCCAGCACGCGCUCAGCAUCUCCAAAGCCCGGCUCAGAAUCGCACUUGAAAGUCCCACCAGCUUCUCCGCGCCCACGAACCCCCAAAUCACCAGCCCCACGUCCCAGCGCCGCAACACCACCUGGAAUAUCCUCUCCAAAUCUUCUCCCUCCGUCACCCCCUAAAAUGAUUCAAAGACGCCCCACCUCCUCACGCUCCGCCAUCCUCCCGAUCCCCCUAGGCCCCCAAUCCUCCAUGGAAACAUUCACAACCUGGCCACCGCGCUCUCCUCUCAUCCGGCAAGAUUCUAGCAACAGCAGUAUAAUCAGUCUCCCUCUACAAGGCACCACAAUCCCAGAAUUUCCACGAACCAAAUUAUCGGUCUCACCACCAAACACUCCGCCAGUCAAAAGUUCAAUGAAGGACUGCGACGAGGAUCUAGAGAGACUGAGGGAAGUGGAGAGGCAGAGACAAAGAGAUAGUAUCGAGAAGCAUCAAAGGAAAAGGAGUUGGAGCAUCAAGAGUCGGUGGAGCGCUAGGAGGGGGGAGGUGUCUUAAACUAUGUGAUUCGCGCUAGCAAUUUAUCGUUGUAUAUUUCCUUUGUACAGGAAUUUGGGACUGGAACUCAGGUUUGGUGGAUUGGAUUGAACGAUAAGGCGUUUCUGGAACUCCCUCACUAGUUGGUGUAUGCAUACUCACAUACGGGUACACUUUUUCAACUCGCACAAUCGCUCGCUCUCUAUCCCCGACCUCUUUCGGAACUCUUUCGGACUUUCUUCAGCUUUCAACUGGCGCAUACGGAUUGCAACUCUCUAAUUUCCUAAGAACGAUCGUUCGCAUCCCAACAAAAUUUCCUUCCCUCUUCGUCUUCGUAUCUUUUCUUAGCAGCGGCAGCUCUCUGUCUGCAUGCAUCGCAAUAUACCCGAAAUUCGCUCUCUUUCACAUCCACACAGAACCUAGCUGGUUACUACAUCAAGUAAUC